CCCUCCCGCCUCUCCGCCUCGACCCCCCUCGGGGGCCCAGGUGCCAGGAUGGUGGGGGAACUCCGCUACAGGGAAUUCAGAGUGCCCCUGGGGCCGGGCUUGCAUGCCUAUCCAGAUGAGCUGAUCCGCCAGCGGGUGGGCCAUGAUGGGCAUCCUGAGUACCAGAUCCGCUGGCUCAUCCUCAGGCGUGGGGAUGAUGGGGAAGGGGGCUCUAGCCAAGUGGACUGCAAGGCCGAACACAUCCUGCUGUGGAUGUCCAACGACGAGAUCUAUGCCAACUGCCACAAGAUGCUGGGCGAGGACGGCCAGGUCAUCGGACCUUCUCAGGAGAUUGCAGGGGAAGCUGGGGCCCUGGACAAAUCUGUGCUGGGGGAAAUGGAAACCGAUGUGAAGUCUUUGAUUCAGAGGGCCCUCCGGCAGCUGGAGGAGUGUGUGGGCACCAUCCCUCCUGCUCCUUUGCUUCACACUGUCCACGUACUCAGCGCCUACGCCAGCAUCGAGCCCCUCACUGGUGUAUUCAAAGACCCAAGGGUCCUGGACUUGCUCAUGCACAUGUUGAGUAGUCCUGAUUACCAGAUUCGCUGGAGCGCGGGCCGGAUGAUACAAGCCCUGGCCUCUCAUGAUGCUGGUGAGAAGCAGUGUGGGGAGAAAGGAAGGGAGGUAGGUCAGCUCAGGGCCUCACAGGACACUGUGGCAAGAGCCUCUGCCUCAUCAGUCCCAGGAAGGCUUCUCUUCUCCCUGGUGAAGCGCUAUUUGCAUGUCACUUCUCUUCUGGACCAGCUGAAUGACAGUGCUGCAGAACCAGGAGCCCAGAACAACUCUGCUCCCGAGGAGUUGAGUGGGGAGAGGGGUCGACUGGAGCUGGAGUUCAGCAUGGCCAUGGGCACCCUCAUCUCAGAGCUUGUGCAGGCCAUGCGCUGGGACUGGGCCUCGAGCAAACAGGGGCCCUCGGCACGGUCUUCGUGCUCCAUCUUCCAGCCCCAGCUGGCAGAGGCCGGCCCAGGGCUGCCACCCGCCCGGGUCCGGCCCUCCAUUAGGAGGUCAAGGAGGUUCCGCCCUCGCUCUGAGUUUGCAAGUGGCAAUACUUAUGCCUUGUACGUGCAAGAGACGCUGCAGGCCGGGAUGCGAGUUCGCAUGCUGGAUGACUACGAGGAGGUCAGCGCUGGGGACGAGGGUGAGUUCCGGCAGAGCAACAACGGCGUGCCCCCCGUGCAGGUGUUGUGGGAGUCGACAGGCCGCACCUACUGGGUACACUGGCACAUGCUGGAAAUUCUGGGCUUUGAGGAAGACAUUGAAGAUGUGGUUGAGGCUGAUGAGAACCAUGGGGCUGUGGCCAGUGGAGCCCUGGGUAUAGCCUUGCCCUCCUGGCGGUGGAAGCCCAUGACAGAGCUCUAUGCGGUGCCCUACGUGCUGCCUGAGGAUGAGGAUGCUGAAGAAAGUGAACACUUGACCCAGGCGGAAUGGUGGGAGCUCCUCUUCUUCAUCAAGAAGCUGGAUGGACCCGAUCAUCAGGAGGUUCUCCAGAUCCUUCAGGAGAACCUGGAUGGGGAGAUUCUGGAUGACGAGAUCCUGGCUGAGCUGGCUGUGCCCAUGGAGUUGGCCCAGCACCUACUGCUGGCUCUGCCACAGCGACUCGAUGACAGCGCUCUCAGGGACCUGCUCAACUGCCGUGUCUACAGGAAAUAUGGGCCUGAGGCCCUGGCAGGGCAGCCAGCUUACCCAACCCUGCCGGAAGCCCAGGCCCAGCCUCAGGAAUCAGCAGAUGCAUCCAGAGUGGAAGGAAAAGAACCCCCAACUCAGUGUCCUGACACUCCUCUGAGGCGACUGAUGGAGGGCUGCGGUCUGCCUGGCAGAAUCUUCCUGGACCUGGAGCGAGCCCUCAGCUCAGAGGGGCCUCGGGAGAUGGAGAUCAAGCCACUCCUGCUGCAGCUGCAGAGGCAGCCCCAGCCCUUCCUCACCCUGAUGCGGGGCCUCGACACCCCAGCGGCCAACAAGGCCCUGCACCUGACCGUUCUGAGGAUCCUGAUGCAGCUGGUGGACUUCCCCGAGGCGCUGCUGCUCCCCUGGCAUGAGGCCAUGGAUGCCUGCAUGGCCUGCCUGCGGUCACCAGACACUGACCGAGAGGUGCUCCAGGAACUCAUCUUCUUCCUGCACCGCCUGGCCUCUGUGAGCAGGGACUAUGCCGUGGUGCUGAAUCAGCUGGGAGCCCGAGAUGCCAUCUCCAAGGCACUGGAAAAGCACCUGGGAAAACUGGAUCUGGCUCAGGAGCUGCGGGACAUGGUGUUCAAGUGUGAGAAGCAUGCCCACCUCUACCGGAAACUCACCACCAACAUCCUGGGAGGCUGCAUCCAGAUGGUGUUGGGCCAGAUCGAAGACCACAGACGAACCCACCGACCCAUCAACAUCCCCUUCUUUGACGUGUUCCUCAGAUAUCUGUGCCAGGGCUCCAGCGUGGAAAUGAAGGAGGACAAGUGCUAGAAGGUGGAGGUGUCUUCCAACCACUUCCAGACCCAGCAUAAGCUGACGGAUCGAAACCCCAAGACCUAUUGGGAGUCCAAUGGCAGCGCCGGCUCCCACUACAUCACCUUGCACAUGCACCAGGGCAUCCUCGUCAGGCAGCUGACUCUCCUGGUGGCUAGUGAAGACUCGAGCUAUAUGCCGGCCAGGGUGGUGGUGUUUGGGGGCGACAGCACCAACUCUCUUAACACAGAGCUCAACUCGGUGAACGUGAUGCCCUCAGCCAGCCGGGUGAUCCUCCUGGAGAACCUGACCCACUUCUGGCCCAUCAUCCAGAUCCGCAUAAAGCGCUGCCAGCAGGGCGGCAUCGACACACGCAUUCGGGGGUUGGAGGUCCUAGGCCCUAAGCCCACAUUCUGGCCAGUGUUUCGGGAGCAGCUGUGUCGUCACACACGCCUCUUCUACAUGGUUCGGGCACAGGCUUGGAGCCAGGACAUAGCAGAGGACCGCAGGAGCCUCCUGCACCUGAGUUCUAGGCUCAAUGGGGCUCUGCGUCAGGAGCAGAAUUUUGCUGAUCGCUUCCUCCCUGACGAUGAGGCCGCCCAAGCGCUGGGCAAGACCUGCUGGGAGGCCCUGGUCAGCCCCCUGGUGCAGAACAUCACCUCCCCUGAUGAGGAUGGCAUCAGCCCCCUGGGCUGGCUGCUGGACCAGUACCUGGAGUGUCGGGAGGCUGCCCACAAUCCCCAGAGCCGCGCAGCUGCUUUCUCCUCACGGGUGCGCCGCCUCACCCACCUGCUGGUGCACGUGGAGCCCUGUGAGGCGCCCCCUCCAGCGGUGGCCACUCCCCGGCCCAAGGGCAGAAACAGAAGCCAUGACUGGAGCUCCCUGGCUACCCGGGGGCUUCCCAGCAGCAUCGUGAGAAACCUGACCCGCUGCUGGCGGGCCGUGGUGGAGGAGCAGGUGAACAACUUUCUGACCUCACGCUGGCGGGAUGGUGACUUUGUACCGCGUUACUGUGAACACUUCCAUAAUCUGCAGAAGUCGAGCUCGGAGCUGUUUGGGCCACGGGCAGCCUUCCUGCUGGCGCUGCAGAACGGCUGUGCUGGUGCCUUGCUGAAGCUCUCAUUUCUCAAAGCUGCCCACUGCCUCGUUGUCCGAAUCCUCAAGGCCCAUGGGGAUGAGGGGCUGCAUAUUGACCAGCUUGUCUGCCGGGUCCUGGACGCUUGGCAGAAGGGCCCAUGUCCUCCCAGGGGUUUGGUCAGCAGCCUCGGUAGGGGAUCUGCCUGCAACAGUACCGAUGUCCUCUCCUGCAUCCUGCACCUCCUGAGCAAGGGCACAGUGAGGCGCCAUGAUGACCGGCCCCAGACGCUGUCCUAUGCAGUCCCUGUGACUGUGAUGGAGCCUCACACCGAGUCCCUGAACCCAGGCUCCUCGGGCCCCAACCCACCCCUCACCUUCCAUACCCUGCAGAUUCGCUCCCGGGGCGUGCCUUAUGCCUCCUGCACAGGCACCCAGAGCUUCUCUACCUUCCGGUAG